ACGAAUUAUUAAUUUUUCACAAUAUUUAACAAUUCGUAAUUCGGUUUGUAAUUCAAGAUGCGUGAUCUUUGAAUUAAUUUUAAUAAGGAGUCAUGUAAGAAGUUUGCGUCUUCGAAAAUUUUUCGCGCUUAGGACGAAUGAGCACGGAAUCUUGUUUGCUGUCCGACACCUGCAUGGAUUCAUGAGAGGCACGCAGUCACCAGCCAAGGAUGUCGGAUAGUUCAGAUCAGCUGUCAUCACCGAACAGCGACUGCAAUAGUCAAAUGGGCGUCGUGCAUCGCAAUGCAACCGCGCAAUAUAGUAACACAUCGUCAAUGUCCGGUCUCGGGCUGGCUCAUCAUCCCCAAAAUUUAACGCCGACAUCGAAUGGCAGUCCUCAGUAUUCACAGGAGAUUUCCACAUGCAACUCUGCUAGCGUAAACACCAACAUCAGUAAUAUCAGCAGUAUCCCCCUUAGCAGCAGUAAUUUCACACCUGAACAGAUAUCUUGCAUGUGCGAGGCACUGUCACAAAGCCAAGACAUUGAGAAAUUAUCCAGAUUUCUUUGGUCCUUACCGCCUGGAGAACUGUUGCGCGGAGGUGAGAGUGUGCUAAUGGCGCGUGCCGCUGUUGCCUUUCACCGCGGAGCCUAUCACGAGCUUUACUCAAUCCUGGAGAGCCACCCUUUCUCGCCACGUCGACAUCCCGAACUCCAACAGAUGUGGUUUAAGUCGCAUUAUCGCGAAGCUGAGAAAAUCCGCGGUCGACCAUUGGGCGCCGUGGACAAGUAUCGGCUGGUGUCCAAUUGGUUCAAGAAUCGUCGACAGCGUGAUCGUACGCCACAAACGAGAACGGAUAUGCUACCACUAAAUUGUCAAGGCACGACUAACAGUACAAUUAGCAGUUCAGUGAGCAACGGCGGUAGUAUUCAAUCUUUGCAGAGUAUCGAUUCCGAUAGUCCGAGUCUCGCAAUGUCACCUCUAUCAACUAUGGGUAUGUCACCAGUCACUAUGAAUCCAUGCAGCCCGAUGGGCAUGAGUCCCAUGGGUCCUCAUCAUGGCUAUGCCACUCCUGUUACCCCAUCGUCCGUUCAUACCUCACAUUCUCAUAAUGGCGGAUUGAGUCCUAUGAACGACGUUAAGGCUUUGUAUGGACGCAGUGUAUACGACACAGGUAAAGACGUGGAGCAGAGCUCAGUUUAUUACUCCAGCCAUUCCAGUAUGCACCACCAGUAUUACCAACAGACUCAUCAUCAGAUGAUGUCCAGCUCCCAUCAUCAUCACCAUCAUCAGCAGAGCGUGCCAGCCGGCUAUGAGAUUAUGCUGCCCCCGCCUUCCAUGUGACUAACGGAUUAUGAAGACGACCGAAGUAAUCAAAGUCUUCACGGUAACGACGACGUGAUAGCUCGUAUACACGCCUUCGCCUGAUCCUUCUGCUUCUUCUCUCGUCUCGAUUUUAAUCGCACGCAAUAAAGAACGACAUGGAUAUUGAUGAAAUUGUUGUUUUACAAAGGAGGUGGAACAAUCGUUUCUAAUUCCUUAUUCUCGAAAAAUGUUUACUUAAAAAGGUAGCGAAAGUUGUUUUUACACGUUUUAUGUGAACGAUAU